AUGGCGACUGCGACGACGACGGCUGCGGCCGCGGCUACUAGCGCCGUCAAGGUGACCCCUCAAGGCGGGAUCCUUGAGGGAGGGAACCCAACUCAUUACGAUUCCAAGAACCCAAUCGUUAUGUUUAUCAUUCAGGCUGGAAUCAUCAUCGUGCUCUGUCGCCUAAUUCACUGGCCGCUCUCAAAGAUCCGUCAACCUCGUGUUAUCGCAGAGGUGAUCGGUGGCAUCAUCUUGGGCCCCUCGGUGAUGGGCCGUAUCCCCGGCUUCACCGAUACCAUCUUUCCCACUGCCAGUAUCCCAAACCUCAAUCUCGUUGCAAACCUGGGUUUGGUCCUCUUUCUGUUCCUCGUGGGACUGGAAACGGAUAUUCGAUUCCUUGCGAGCAACUGGCGCGUCGCCUUGAGUGUGUCGGCAGCAGGUAUGAUUUUGCCAUUUGGCUUGGGAAGUGCAAUUUCCUACGGCCUUUACAACCAGUUUCAUGAUGAUCCCUCAACCGUGCCUAUCAAAUUUGGUACCUACCUUCUGUUCAUUGGUAUUGCGAUGGCGAUCACCGCCUUCCCAGUGUUGUGCCGUAUCUUGACCGAGCUGAAACUUCUGGGCACUCGAGUCGGCGUCAUCGUUUUAGCAGCUGGUGUCGGAAACGAUGUCGUUGGCUGGAUUCUACUUGCCCUUUGUGUGGCCCUUGUAAAUGCAGGAAGUGGACUCACCGCCCUCUGGGUCCUGCUGGUUUGUACAGGAUAUAUGCUUUUCCUAUUCCUUGUCUUCAAACCACUCUUUUACCGCUUCCUUGAGCGUACGGGAAGCUUGCAAAAGGGACCUAGCCAGUCGGUGGUAACCUUGACAUUACUUAUUUGCCUUGCAUCUGCGUUCUUCACGCAGGUCAUUGGUAUCCAUGCUAUCUUCGGUGGAUUCGUGAUUGGGCUGAUCUGCCCUCAUGAAGGUGGAUUUGCUAUCAAAUUGACGGAGAAGAUUGAAGAUCUCGUCGCGGCUCUUUUCCUACCGCUUUAUUUCACACUCUCCGGCCUGAGCACCAACUUGGGGUUGCUAAACAGUGGUAUUGUCUGGGGCUACGUUGUUGGUGUCAUUGCCAUUGCUUUUAUUGCCAAAGUCGCUGGAGGUGCUCUUGCAUCUCGUUGGUGUGGACUGCUAUGGCGCGAGAGCUUCUCAAUUGGCGUUUUGAUGAGCUGCAAAGGUCUAGUCGAGUUGAUUGUCUUGAACAUUGGCUUGCAAGCCAAGAUUUUGAGUACCCGCACAUUCACCAUCUUCGUGGUGAUGGCUUUGGUUACGACUUUCCUUACUACCCCGCUGACCACGAUGCUCUAUCCAACAUGGUAUCAAAUUAAGGUGGAGCGCUGGCGACGCGGAGAAAUCGAUUGGGACGGGAACCCUAUUCAGGGAGAUUCCCGCUCCGACAGUGUCUCUGCGGUGAAGGAUCAGCUGAAGACCGUGCCUGUUCGCAAGCUUCUGGUCUAUCUUCGCCUUGAUGGGUUGUCAGGAAUUUGCACGCUGGCUGCUCUUCUUAGCCCCAAGCGCGAAGUAACGCCAUCAUCUCCCCAGGUUCACCCGUCCAAGAGGCCAAAGCGGGUCGAGCAAAACAUCGAGGAUGCAGUUACUUCGGAGGAUGACAAGGAGACCAGCUUGCGCGUGCAUGGUGUGCGUCUCAUGGAAUUGACGGAUCGCGACUCGAGUGUUAUGAAAGUUUCAGCCGGAGAGCAUGCCAUGUGGGAUCCAGUGGUGAACACCUUCCGUGCCUUUGGCGAGUGGCAAGACGUGUCUCUCAUGGCGGGCGUGUCCGUAGUACCUGAAUAUUCAUACGCCGAGACUGUUGUCGACAUGGCCCGCCAAGACACGGCGGAUCUCCUUUUGCUUCCAUGGAGCGAAACCGGAACGUUAAGCGACCGCCAAAGCGGCCUUGAAGUUGACACCGCCGGCCGAUUUGCCGAUGGCUCCUACACUGAUUUCGUCUCGAUCGUCAUAUCGCGGGUCCCUGGCCCCGUAGGUAUCCUGAUUGAGCACAACCCAGACUCUCGCGCUGCCAAACGACCUGCCCCUCAGCGCUCGACCAGUGGAUUGAGCAUUCAGUCUGUUUGGUCGCGACCGGCUUCUGGCAGUCGCUCUCGUCAUAUUGUACUCCCAUUCUUCGGUGGUGACGAUGACCGUUUCGCACUACGUCUGGUUCUGCAACUCGCUCAGAAUGAAAAUGUCACCGCUAGUAUUAUCCACAUUCCAGGACAGCAAUCGGACGCUAGCAACCUCGGUAUAUCGACCUCUAUUUCCUCCGGAACGCCGAGUAGCCAGUCAGAUGUUAUCUUCUUCGAGACUCUGCGUGAUUCUAUUCCGAUGGAUCUGAAGGAUCGGGUCGUUUUCCAGCAGGCUGGUGUACAAGAGACGAUCAGUGACCCGGUCCAGCUGGCUCUGGCCGCCGUGCAAAAGGACCUCGACCUGACUGCGAACAAGGGUGGUAGUAUCGUGGUCGUCGGACGCCGUAGUGGUCCUGGUGAUUCUAGCAUUGCAAUUGACCUGGGUGCGCAGAGUAUCGGUACCGAUACCCAACGCGCCCUUGGGCCCGUGGCCUCGGCGAUCGUGCAGCCCGAGAACAAGGUCUUCGGCAGUGUGCUGGUGCUCCAGGCUGGUGGAAGCUAUGGCUUGUUCGAGAAUUUCCGGUAA